AUGAUACGAGCUGGACAUGUUUCAUGUUUUCAGUUGAAAAGGCUACUUUCAACGUUGCUCAAACGAGAUAUAGUUGGGAUCAAGCCUCAAGAUCUAAUCCAAGCGUCGAUAGACCAAAAUGAUACACAGGGUCGCAAAACACUAAUUCAUAGACUAGUCAAUUCCACCAAUCCUUAUAAGCGCGAGUUGUAUGAGCAGCUAGUGCCUGAUUUCUCGUACUACUUCAAGCUUGACCCUGAUGUGGUUGACAACCAGUUGUUAUUACGUUUAAUUGAGGUUAAUCCCGGUAGAGUGUUGAGUAAUGUUGAAUUGUACAAGAAACACCAUGUUGAAAAUGAUGAUGUCCAUUUUAGUGCAUUGAUUGAUUUCUUAGUUGAGGACUUGGCUAUGAAGUAUAUUGGUCGUGAACUGGGCGACUUGAAUGAGUUUUUCACAUUAGCUGAUCAGUAUAAAGGGAAAACUAGUAGUAGGGUGGAAGAGUUGAAUGAAUUGAUAUUAAAUGAAAUGAUUUUGCGCGAUGAUUUGUUUAUGAUUAGGAGAUUCUUUACAAUUGGUGAUAGCGUGGGGUCCUACAACAGUAUUCUUGUUCGUCAUUUGGAUACACUAUCGGGGAAAUUUGCGCUUAUCGAGUAUGUAAAAAGUCUCAUUGAAAAGGGGAAGGAUAUUAGUAAGGACAUGUGGAUGAUUGAAGUUGUUUUGAGUAUAUUCAAUUCCCAUAGAAACCAACUUGAGCUGUUUUUCAAGCAGAAAAAUGGAAAUGGAAACGAUAAUGAUAACGAUACUUUAAACUUUGAUAACUUGGUUUUCAAGAUAUUGCAAAAGAUAAAUGAAUCUAAACUUGACGUGAGUCUUGGUGAGAUGAAUUUGAGAACACUUUUACUAGAAACCUAUGGGAUUGCAAUUGGUGAUAUGGAACUUACAUUGAAAAAAUAUAACCAGUAUGAAGGAUUGAAAGACUAUGACGGACUGGACAAGUAUAAAAAGACAAUGGUUAAGGUUUUUGCCUACCGCGGCAUAAGGGACGACAAACCGGUAUACAUCUCAAUGGCUGAGGCAAUUCAGCCUUCAACAACGACAACAGUUUCAGUAUUGCAAAUCCUCAUAUUGCUCAAAUGCUACUUCAAUAUUGAUGAGGGUUUGAAUUUGUAUAAUUACUGGAUUAACAAGGUCUCUAGCACUAUCAACGAGGGUAAAUCGCAAAAGGGGUUGCUUACUGAAGCAAUAAUAUUAGGAUGUCUAAUAAAUAAUGAUCGGGAAUUUGCCAUGCUUCUUUUUAACAAGGCUAUAGAUCAUAACAUUUUACAGCAAGAGUAUGAAAUAUCCAGAGUGAAAAAAUGGUUUAAACUGUAUAGCGACUGCUUUAUCGAGAGUGAAGAUUGGCAAAACCAUGCACAUGAAAAGAUGAAAAGGAUAUAUUUGAACUUUGUUGAAGCUAUUGGGUCUUGCACUAUUGAGCAGAGCAAGAUAGUCAGUACUGCUACACUAGGGAGCGAAGCGAGCUAG